AUGGGAAUACCUAACCCCAACCUCGACGCUCUCGAAGAGCAACGCCUUGCGCUUGAAGAAAACAUCCUCCAACUUCAGAAAUCGCUUUACCACUGGCGAACCUGGGAAGCGGAAUAUGAUGGAGUCCGCGAGGAGAUCAGUAACCUAGAAGAUGACGCCAACACAGACGAAUUCCUUGCAGUGGCUCUGGAAUUUGGCGGCACGCUGGUGGAUCAGAAGGAAAUGCAGACAAUACUCGGUUCGCAAGGUGUGACGCGGUCUCGCGGGCAAGUGGUUGAUCUUCUUGGAAGGCGUAUCGACUACGUGCAGCAGAAUGUUGCAACUAUGGAGAAGAGGCUUUCGAAGGCCCAAAAUGAGCUGGACGCUUUGAUCUUGAAUGAUCAGCCACCGCUGCAGGACGGUGCGGAGUUCCCGAUGCAGGAAAUUAUGGAGGAGCUUGAUGAGGAUGGAAACGUCAUCUCGAGCAAGAUCAAUACUCCUGGGAAUGACGCUACGGAAUUACUGGAUGUGCUGAAGAAGGCUGGUGUCAAGGAUAUUCCAGAGAUUGGUGAGCCAGAGAAGACUCCCACAACUCCCGCCGAUACUACACGUGAAGGCGCGAUGGAUGAGUCGAUUAGCUCAGAGGCUGCAGACCUGCAGAACGGUUCCUCGAGUGGCGACAACGUAAUCACAGAUCCAAAUGGCGUAUCCCUGAAGUUCUCUCAACCUCAGUCUGUGGUGACUGCGGAGGAUCGCAUGCAGCCGCCUAUCACGGACGUGAAUGAAUCUGCAGAAGAAGCAAGACUUCGCCGUGAAAUGCUCGAUUAUGGGAUCAACGAGGUUGGGGCUAUCGUGGCAGAGUUGGAAAUGGAUGAGUCCGGAAGCGACAUUUCUUUCGAUGAGGACUACGAUUACGACUACGACGCGGAAGAUAAUGAAGAUGAACACGGUCGCUCUCACACCCGCCUCCCGGCGGAAUACCACCAGCAAAUGAUGGAAUUGGAGGCCAAGCUCAAUGCCCGAGGCUUGAUGAACAUGGGCAAGGAUACCGAGACAUUCCCCGAGGAAGUGCAGCAAGAGAUUGCGGCACCUGCUGAGGUUGAAACUUCCACCAAAGAGAAGAAACCUAAGAAGCGUGUUGCGUUCGCCGAUGAGCUUGAUAUCGCACCAGCUCCCACACCCUCAGUUCCUGCAGAGAAGGCUCCUGCUUCACAGGCCGAGCCUCAGGUGCUCGCUGAUUCCAUUGUUGAACGGACCAGCCGUGUCCUGGAGCCUGCUCCAACCACCCCUGCUGUUCCUAAGAAGACGUCGCGGUUCAAAAGUGCUCGGGCUGUUGCUCCAGAUAGUGCCGCCAGCGGAUCUGUUACUACCGGGGCUACAAUCGCAAAUCCGUCCGAAGUCACCGAAUCUCGCCUUCGCAAACAAGCCAAUACAGCUCCAUCUGUGGUGCCGCCUGUCCUCUUCCCCGCGACGCCAAAAGAGCCCAAACCCUUCUCCGCGCCGAUCACUGAUAUCUCUGGGGUCACCGAGAAACCUUCUGCGCCUCAAUUUCCACAUGACCGAACACUAGCCGAAAAGGUCUUUGAGCGACAGCCCAAAAUAGGGGCUGCAGUGGCUCCUGAACUGGACGUCUACGAUGAAGAGCUUCACCAGAAGCAGAUUGCGUCAGAGUUCUUCAAUAUGCAAAAGCGCAUCAACGGCACUAAAGAAGACGAGGAACAGGAUACUUUCCCUCCUGAGGAAGCUGAACCUAAGCGGGUCAGCAAGUUCAGAGCUUCACGAAUGGGAUAG